UAGUUUUGUUCAUGACAACACCUGAGUUUUGUUCCUAUCUUGUAAUCCGAUGAUGAUUGAUGAUAUGUGCUCUGUUUCUUGACAGUUGAUGGAAUAUUCGCAUCUAUUAGACAUGGCAGACAAAACCGAUGACCCUUAUAUGCGCAUGGUGUAUGCCUCAUCAUGGGCUAUCUCUGUGUACUAUGCUUUCCAACGUACCUGGAAACCGUUCAAUCCAAUCCUCGGAGAGACUUAUGAGAUGGCUAAUUACAAUGGUGUUAACUUCAUCUCUGAACAGGUCAGCCAUCAUCCGCCAAUGAGCGCUGGUCAUGCUGAAAACGAGCAUUUCACUUAUGACUGUACAUCAAAACUGAAAACAAAGUUUCUGGGCAAUUCCAUUGACGUUUACCCAGUAGGAAGGACACGAGUGACACUAAAAAGAGAUGGAGUGGUUCUUGACUUGGUACCUCCUCUAACCAAAGUUCACAACCUAAUCUUUGGACGAACUUGGGUGGAUUCUCCUGGGGAAAUGAUCAUGACCAACCUGACCACAGGUGACAAAGUUGUGCUGUACUUCCAACCGUGUGGCUGGUUCGGAUCUGGUCGAUAUGAAGUGGACGGAUAUGUCUACAACGCCUCUGAGGAGCCCAUGAUACUCAUGACCGGUAAAUGGAACGAGUCCAUGAGCUAUCAGCAGUGUGAUGGUGAAGGCGAACCUCUCCCGGGAACCGAACUAAAGGAGGUCUGGAAACUCGCUGAUGUUCCAAAGGAUGACAAGUACCAAUACACACACUUUGCUCACAAGAUCAACAGCUUUGACACUGCCCCGAAAAAGCUGUUGCCCUCUGAUUCACGGUUACGCCCUGACAGAUACGCGCUAGAGAUGGGCGACAUGUCCAAAUCCGGCAAUGAGAAGAGCAGCUUGGAAGAGAGGCAGAGAGCUGAAAAGAGAACCCGCGAAGAGAAAGGUCAAAGCUUUACUCCCAAGUGGUUUGAUAUAACCGAAGAAGUCACUCCUACACCAUGGGGGGAUCUUGAAGUUUACCAGUUCAACGCAAAGUACUCAGAACAUAGGGAAGCUGCGGAUAGCUCUGAAGACAACACCGACCCUAAGUCAAUCCAGUUCAACCCAUGGCAAUUUCAAGAUUUGUCUACUUAAUGAAUCGCUCCAAAAUAUCAAAUAUUUUGAUUACAAAUGUUGUAAUUCUUAACCGAUAACUAAUCAAUAACUUAAUGCAUUUUAUCAUUUCCUGAAAUAUUUUUUAA